CGCCUCCCGAGGCCCCGGCCACGCUUUGGGCUGGCGGCGCGCGGGUGAGUCAGGCCGGGUUUUCCCUCCGCCUCUGGGGCAUGCGAGCCAGCGCCACCGAGCGCGUCCCUCCCUCGUCAAUCCGGCUCCGGCGCCCGCCCGCGUUUUCCCGACGCCUGGCACCCAGCCGCUCCGGCCGGGCUCGCAGUCUCCGCAGGACCGGCGCCCUGGAGGGAGGGUUCAAAUCCGCGCGAGGGAAGUGCAGCGCGCGAGGGGUGCGGAGCGGUGCCAGCAUGCCCCACCGCUCCGGGCGGGCCCCAGGACGGCGUCAGGAAGAGACUGCCCCUCCCGUCCCCCAGAAGCAGCUGCCUGUGCCGUGUUGAAACUUCAUGGACACAGGCCCAGGCCCGGCUGGCAUUGCCAUGGGCAGCGUGGGCAGCCUGUUGGAACGGCAGGACUUCUCCCCUGAAGAGCUACGGGCAGCACUUGAGGGGUCCCGAGGCUCCCGCCAGCCUGAUGGGCUCCUCCGGAAGGGCUUGGGCCAGCGUGAGCUCCUCAGCUACUUGCACCUCCCUAAGAAAGACGGCAAGACCACGAAGCGGGCUGCUCGGAAUGAGCCUGCCGACUAUGCCACCCUCUACUACCAGGAACAUCCCCGGGCCGGUGACUUCAGCAAGACCUCGCUGCCCGAGCGGGGACGUUUUGACAAGUGCCGUAUUCGCCCAUCGGUGUUCAAGCCUGUGGCAGGCACCGGGAAAGGCUUCCUGUCCAUGCAGAGCCUGGCGGCCCACAAGGGCCAGAAGCUGUGGCGCAGCAACGGCAGUCUGCACACUCUGGCCUGCCACCCACCCCUGAGCCCAGGGCCCCGGGCCAGCCAGGCACAGGCCCGUGCCCAGCUGCUGCACGCCCUCAGCCUGGACGAGGGCGGCCCCGAACCCGAGCCCAGCCUGUCUGACUCCUCCAGUGGGGGCAGCUUUAGCCGAAGUCCUGGCAUGGGCCCUGGCCCCUUCAGCUCCUCCCUGGGCCACAUUAACCACCUUGGGGGCUCCUUGGAUCGUGCCUCUCGGAGCCCAAAGGAGGCUGGGCCACUGGCCGGGUUGAACUGCCUGCCUGAGCCCCCACCGCCCUAUGAGCUCUCUUGCCACACGGCCGAGGAGGUGGUGGCCAUGCUCCCCGACACCUGUGAGGAUCUCAAGAGAGGCCUCAGUGACCAGGAUGGCGUCAAUCACUUCACACAGGUGCUGGAGGAACGCCAGCGGCUGUGGCUCUCUGAGCUGAAGCGCCUGUACCUGGAGCGGCUGCACGAGGUGGCCCAGAAGGCUGAGCGCAGCGAGCGGAACCUCCAGCUACAGCUGUUCAUGGCCCAGCAGGAGCAGCGCCGCCUGCGCAAGGAGCUGCGGGCACAGCAGGGCCUGGCCGCUGAGCAUCGGCCUCCAGAGGCUGACCCCAACACUCGGCCAGAGGAGGAAGCACGAUGGGAGGUGUGCCAGAAGACAGCGGAGAUCAGCCUCCUGAAGCAGCAGCUGCGGGAGGCCCAGGCCGAGCUGGCGCAGAAGCUGGCCGAGAUCUUCAGCCUAAAGACACAACUUCGGGGCAGCCGGGCACAAGCCCAGGCCCAGGACGCAGAGCUGGCCCGGCUGCGCGAGGCUGUGCGGAGCCUGCAGGAGCAGGCCCCCCGGGAGGAAGCCCCAGGUAGUUGUGAGACUGAUGACUGCAAGAGCCGGGGGCUGCUGGGGGAGGCAGGAGGCAGUGAGGCUGGGGAUGGUGCUGAGCAGCUGCGGGCUGAGCUGCUGCAGGAGCGACUCCGGGGCCAAGAGCAGGCGCUACGCUUCGAGCAGGAGCGGCGGACCUGGCAGGAGGAGAAGGAGCGGGUGCUGCGCUACCAGCGAGAGAUCCAGGGGGGCUACAUGGACAUGUACCGCCGCAACCAGGCACUGGAACAGGAAUUGCAGGCGCUGCGGGAGCCCUCCACGCCCUGGAGUCCUCGGCUUGAGUCCUCCAAGAUCUGAGGCCAGUGGAGAGAGCUGACAGCAGAAGCACCGUCAGAAGAAGGCUUGGGCAAGCCCUCCCUGAGAUGGCCGGCUCCUUCCUGACAUUGAAAUGGGGCAGAAUCUGCUGAAGCCAGCCAGGGUCGGGGAGGCUCACCGAGAGGAGGGAUCCCAGAGGGGCUGUGGGCUGGGUAGGGUGCCAGCAGCAGGAGUCAGGUCCAGGCCCACCUGGCUGAAAAGUACCCCUGCAGGACCCAGCCUGCUCCUGGAGUAGGUGUGGCCCUAGGAAAGGGAGACUGGGAGAUGAGGCGCUCAAGAUAUAGAUGGGCAGGCAUGAGGAAGGAAGGCUGGGACAAUAGCAUUGGCCUACCCCAGAAUAAAACCACGUUUUCUAUGAGGAGGCCCUUGGUGAUACGUGGGGCCUGUCCCCGGCCUGAAUCAAGGAUGGUUGGGGUCGGGGGGCUGUGGACCUGGGCUAUAGCUCCUCCCAGAGUCCUGGUCAGUGGGAGGUUGUGCCCAGUUCCUGUGUGCACAGCUGCUGGGCACGUGUGUUGGCAAGUGGAGGAGUCAUCCUCCUUACCCCAGCACCACAUGGUUCCUUAGCUACCGUGUGGGCUGAAAUUCCUUUCUUCAGCACCAGUGGGAUUUUUCAGAAGGAACAAUGCCAGGGAACCCAGGAAAACAAAAGGGCAAGUCACCCAAGGCGUUGCUAGAACAUGAAACGUUCCCUUGGUGGAAAGUCUGAGCCCCAGUGCCCAGGCCCUGCUGGGUUUAGGGCUAGCCUAAGACGGCCUCUUCUGGAGCUCCCCAAGGCUCCUGUAGGGACCUGUCCCGCCCGGAAUCCACCUCUCACCUUCCUGUCUGGCUGUGGUUCACCACCCCUCUACACAGGGAUGGGGCUUUGGGAAGGUGCAGGAGACAAGUAAUGGAGCAGAGAAAGCGUGUGGGUCAGUGGGUAACGGGCCUUUGCCACUGCAAAGAGAAUGGACAUCUCCCCAUAGGCAUGGAGGACCCUGUAGUAUUUCCAAGCAGGGUGAGAUGUGAGCUCAUUUGUACUCUGAAAAGCAGCCCCUGCCUCUCAGACACCUGGCUUCCUCUCUGGGCCUUGGCUCCCUCCUGGGGGGUGGCCUGGUGCACAGACCCAGACUGGCUGUGCAGGUAGCCUCUCCCCACCCCUUGCCCUUGUAGUGAAGCUCGGCGCCCUUACAGGUGAAUCAUUGUGACUGCUGCCAUGCAUCGAGAGCUUCCCUUCUGCCAGGCACUGUUAGGCUGCCAGGGCAUGGGGGCUCAGGUGUGAAUCUUUCUGCCCCAGGGGAGGCAGUACACAGAGAGACUUCUCCCCUCCCAGUGUCUGUUCUGCUGGGGCAGGCACAACCUCAGAGGACUUCUCAGCAGAGAUUCCCCAGUUGGCUCCCAGUGGCCGUGCCCUGCCCUCCUUGCCAAGCCUGGCAGCCACUCAGGCCCCUGCAGGUGGGGCCUGUGCAUAGGGUGUGGAUUGGGCUGUAGAGUGAGCCAGUGUGCCCUGCCUUUUCAGGGUGGAGAGGGGUGUGUGAACUGACUGCCAAGGGGAUGGUGUGUCUGGCCCUGUGAGUGGCAGGUGUGUGUAGAUGUGCUGUGGGUGGUAGGUGUGUCUGAGGGGGUGUGUUUGGGGCUCCUGGGCUGCUUCCUGCCGCUCCCUCUGCUCCAUUGCUUGCCCCCUGGCUCCAGUCCCUUUAGCUAGUGGAACCUGUGACCAGGACAGACCCCUGUACCUAGCUGAGACUUAUCUAGGCCCACCCCUCAGCCUGGGGAGGGAGAGGGAACACCUGGGUUAGGCAUUUCAGUUCCCCAUAAGCCUUAGUACCCAUUUCAGACCCUCCCAAACCAAGGUUUCUGGGCCAGAGGCCCCCCACCCCCUUCAGUGCUGGCCUGAGUCUGGGCCACUCCCUCCUCAAGGCCUCGAGCAAGUCGGGCUGGGUGCCCACAUGCCCCACAAUGGCCAGGGUCCACUUUUCCAUGUACCACCUCUGCAGAACAGCUCCUCACCCAGCAAUUAGAGAUCUGGGCCUGCCAGUACUGCCAGUGGGGAGUGGGUGGGCGGUACCAAAACUUGGCAGCUAUGCCAGAAACCAAGACCAGGCCCAGAUGCAGGGGGAGGGCCCAAGAGAGCCAAGCUGGGGUGUCUCAGAGGAAACUUGAUCCUUAUUAGCUCAUCCCUGCCUGGUGAACCAGUUCCCAGUCCCCAAGCCAGCUUGGUGGCUCUAGGGCUCUGGGACCAGACAAUUACAGGUGCCACUGUAGUGGCUUCUGCUUCAGGGCAGCUCUUCCCUCCUGCCCCUGGCAGGCCGCUUGGGACCCCUCCACCAGCAGACUAGGCCCAGGCGUCCAAUUCUUCAGAGCUGUGGUGAGCCCCACCCUGGGCUCCCUACCCCUGGUCCCUCCUUUUCUCAGCUCAGUAUCUGCUCCCUGGGCCCCUCAGCCUGCCACUUAAAGCCUCUGGCAGUCUAGCCCCCUGAGUCACUGAGAGUGGUGCCCCUUCUGACCACAGCAGCCCUCUGGGCCUUCCUCCUGUAGGCAAAGCCCCCUCACUGUGCUCAGAUCUUGUCUCAUUAAGGAAGCCUUUUUCUUUUUUUAAAUAUAUUUUUAUUGAUUUCAGAGAGGGAGAGGGAGAAAUAGAAACACCAAUGAUGAGAGAGAAUCAUUGAGCAGCUGCAUCCUGCACGCCCCCAACUGGGGAUCAUGCCCUGACCAGGAAUUGAACCGUGACUUGGUUCAAAGGUGGACGCUAAACCACUGAGCCACCUCGGCUGGACAGGGAAGCCUUUUCUGAAAUCAGAGGGCAAUGCACCUCCCUGUGCCCACAGCCCCCAUAUGCCUCUCCACCAGCUCUUUCUAUGCUGCUGGAAUUGUCCCUUCACCUCUGGACUGUGGGCCUUGCCCAGCCAGAGCUAUGUCUUGUUUUUGAUGUUUGUUUUGUAAUAUAUUUUUAAUUGAUUUCAGAGAGGAAGGGAGAGGGAGAGAGAUAGAAACAUCAAUGAUGAGAGCGAAUUAUUGAUUGACUGCCUCCUGCACAUCUCACACUGGGUUCUGAGCCUGCAACCCGGGCAUGUGCCCUAACCAGGAAUCAAACCGUGACCUCCUGGUUCAUAGGUCGACGCUCAACCACUGAACCAUACCGGCUGGGGCUCAUGUCUUGUUUUUAUCCCUAGAGCUGCUCUGGCUCCAACCCCAGAAAGCGCUGGGGAGCUUUAGAGUCAAGAGGGACCAGACUUCUCCCCUGACUGACAUGAGUUUGAACUGGGGGUAGGUGGGAAAGGUUCCUGCUCCUAGAGUUCAUUCCCCCACGGGCAUCAGAUGUGAACUAGGUUUGUCAAGCUCCAGGGUGCCAGAGCUAGGUGCCAUUCACUGCACAGUGAUGUAUUGCUGCCUCCCUCAGGGCCUCCUGGCGUGGUUCCCAGGUGAGGAAGCUGAGGUGGCCAUGGCGUCUGCCUUCUUGGCCCUUUCCCCGGUGGGUGGAGGAAGGAGACAACACACAUGGCCAUGUAGUGCAGUGCAAAUACAGCGAUCAAGUCAAUAGUGAAGGAGGCAGAGGGAGCAUGAGGAAAUUUCUCUGAGACUGGGGGGCUGGGGCUGUAGGUAUUAGUGAUCCUUUCUCCAAAGGCGAUGCAGGCCCCACAGUGGCAAUCCAUCACCUUGUGGAUUCAGAAAAGAAAAAGAAUGUGUGGUUUCCUGCAACAAAAGUGAAAUAUGUCACGUGAGAUGAGGUGGGAGUGCCAUGGGAGUUCAGAGGAGAGCGGGCUCACUUAUCACUCCAGGUGAUGGAGUGGAGGUGACAAAGGUUGGCCAAACUUUGGUUAAGCUAUUUUAAUUUUUUUAUUUUUUGAGGGAGAGGAAGUGAGAGAGAGAAACAUCCACGCAAUAGCACACGUUGAUCGAAAAAAUAUCCUCUGAUGAGGAUUAACAACAAAAAAACCCUUGAUUGGCUGCCUCCUGCACCCCCCCCCCACUCCAUCCCCCCUCCCCCCCAGCUGGGAAUCCAUCCCAAGACUCGGGCUUGUGCCCUGACCGGCAACUGUUUGGUGCAUGGAUGAAACCCAACCAACAGCCAGGGUUUGUUAGGCUCUUCUGAGCUCUUUUGGACUAGGUCUGACCUUGGAAGGUGACCUUUCUUGUACAGUCCAGUUCUAGCAAGAAUCCUUAGCUUAGCCAGAAUUGCCCAUCCUCUAUACUACAUCACCCUGCACAUUUAAUUUGGUUCCUCAUCCUCCACUGGUCACUGGCCUGUCUUCCGUGAGAAUCCUGUGGUCUAUUUAGCCAGAAUGCCCUGAGGUUUUCUCUUAGUAAUUUUCUUUUCUUUUUAAAACAUAUAUUUUUAUUGAUUUCAAAGAGGAAAGAAGAGGGAGAGAGAGAUGGAAACAUCAAUGAUGAGAGAGUAUCAUUGGCUGCCUCCUGCAUGUGGCCCCAUUGGGGAUCAAGCCUGAAGCCCUGGCAUGUGCCCUGACCCGGAAUCAAACCUUGAUUGAUUGCUGAGAGUCUCAUAGGUCGAGACUCAGCCACUACGCUACUCCAGCUGGGCUUUGUAAUUUUCCACCCACUGCCCCCCAGUCUGGUCCUUGGCCAUAAAUUCUACUUUUCUUUGUUGUGUUUGGAGUUGAGCCCACUCUCUGUCCUCUACUACAAAUCUCCAUUGCUGUAGUCCUUCUUGAAUAAAGACUUCCUUACCAUUCUAA